AUGGAGAGCUUGCGUCUCAAGUUUCACAAUGCACUAUUUCAACCUGAAGAUAUCAAAUUGUGGGUUGAAAUUGCAGUUUCUCGUUGUGUUCAGGAGCCAAGUGUUGAUUUUUAUCCUUUCAAGGAAAACCCUAAUGCAUUACUGCCGAGUAGCUUGUAUACUUGCAAAUCACUUGUGACAUUGAAACUAAGAUACAACAUUCUCGUGGAUGUUCCUCAUGUUUUUUCCCUCCCUUCCUUGAAAACUUUGUGCCUUGAACGUGUGACAUACGCAGAUGGAGAAUCUCUUCAACGGCUUUUAUCUAAUUGCUCUGUUUUGGAAGAUCUGGUUGUUGAACUAUGUACAGGUGACAAUGUGAGAAAGUUUGCUGUUAUCAUCCCGUCAUUGCUUAGUUUAUCCUUUUGGAUGUCUGCUGGUCAUUGUGCUGCUGAAGGGUAUAGGAUUGAUACUCCUUCUUUGAAGUAUAUCAAAGCUACAGAUUUAAGUAAAAGUUUCUCCGGGUUAAUUGAGAAUAUGCCUAAGCUGGAGGAGGCUGAUAUCAGUGCUGGUCACGAUAUCAACAAGCUUCUUGAACUUGUCACAUCUGUCAAGCGUCUUUCAUUGCUCACACUAGUUGACGAUGCAGAGGCUCUCACCGCUGUAUAUGGUGAUGAUAUUGUCUUUAAUCAGCUUGAGCAUCUGAAUUUUCGUAUCUAUGGCGCAUAUUGGUCCAAGUUGCUGUACUGGUUGCUCAUAGCUUCUCCCAAACUACGAAACUUGGAGUUCAAUGAAAUUUUUUCACGUGAUGGUGCUGUGGAUACACUGGGUCGCUGGACCCAACUGAGUAGUGUUCCUCAAUGCAUGUUUGUUGUCGAGUCUCCAGACUUUCAAGUGGUCAGGUUACAAUGUCUCCGUACAAGGGAAAGAUCUGGCGACAUAUAUCUUGGGAAAGUCUUGCCAGUUAAAGAUUGCAACAAUUUCCAUUGGACAAGGGUUGGAUCCACAAAAGAAGCUUAAGAUAGAGACGAAUGUGAAAUGUUGUUUCCGUGGUUCACCCACAUGCAAACUCGUAUUCUAUUGAGGAUUCGAAUCAUUACAUUUGAAAGAGAUCUAUAUAUCUUAAAGAUUGUAAUAAUCUUGCAAAUGACAUCUUUGGAAUUUGCUCUAUUAAAGUUUUCGUUGCAUUUAGUUUA